AUGAACAUGGGUCCCGAUGGUGACGAGGGCUGGGAUGAAGAAGGCAGAAUGGAAGAAAUGGUUUUUAAUUUAAUGCAAGAGUUAGGCAUCGACUUUGACACAGCCAACGCUUAUUUGAUGACGUCCGAUUGGGAUUACGAGCGUGCACUCGCAAGUCAAGGUGACCAAGCCGCAGCGAUGGACGAGGGGAUUCGGAAUCGCCGGCCAGCCGCCGCUCCCGUGCCCGCUAAUAAUGACGCAGCUGUCCCUGGCCGAGCUGUACAGCCUCGCCAAGUUGGAAUACUUGAGCUGCUUUCCCGUGUGAUGGUGCUGCCCUUCUACGCCUUCUACUCGAUAUUAUGCAUUACCAGAGAUCUUUUCUUCAUGCUCAAAGCCCGUGUUUUCGGGCCUACACUCCCACCCACUGAACCUAUCGAAGAUGUGAACGAUUUUAUCGCUCGUCACGAAGAAGCCUUGGGCCCUGGUGGCGACCCAUACAACUUUAUUGCAGCUCCCUUCGUUGAGGUGAUGCGGAGAGCCAAGAGUGAGCAUCGCGUCCUGGCCGUUUUCUUCAGUUCCAAUACGGAUGAAACGCGCCGUUUCCUGGGCACUCACCUGUACGCGCCCGGCUUGAAGCCGUUGCUCGAACAAAUGCGGCCCUUGUUCUGGGGAUGCAGCAUUGAGCGCCCAGAGGGUAGAAAUGUUUCCUCCCGAAUGCAAGUCGAAUCUGCGCCGUACCUGGGACUCUUCAUUGUCACCGACUCCGUGCAAAGAUUUGCGUCAGUCACAGCCUCCGUAACACCGGAUGCUGCCUUCGAGCGGCUGUUCAAUGGAUACAACUUGGUCAGGCCACAAUUGGAUGCCCUCGUCGCGCAACGGGCUCGCCAAAGCGAAAGUGUGAUGCUACGGGAAAUGCAGGAUCGGGAGUACGAAGAGAGCAAGGCUCGCGAUCGCGAAGUAGCCGAGAAGAAGCGGAAGGAGGAGGCCGAGCGUAAGCAGCGCGAAGACGAUCAAUUGGCGCAUGAAUCACGAAAGGAGCAGCGCUAUGCGAAACUCCGCGACUACAAGGAGAACCUCCGGCAAGAGUCGAAGGAGGGGUCUGGCGAUACACGGAUUCAAGUUACAUUCCCGAACGGAACCCGUCAGAAAUAUUUGCUUGACAAGCACACAUCAGCCGAGCGCUUCUUCGAUCUGGUCUUCCAAAGCGAACCCUGCCCGUUGUACUUCAGUCUAUUUCAAGCCGUACCACGACAGGAAAUUGGAAUCGCCCCGACUUGGUAUCGCGAGAUCUGCGAGGAAAACUUGGAGGCUGGUGGCUGCACAAUUGAAGCAAUUUACCAACCACACGUAACGAUCCACGACCUUAACAUCCGAAACGGCGACAAUUUGAUGGUCCGUGAUCUCGAGGCC